CCCCUAAAUACGGCGCCCGAAAUGUUUAAAAAGUGAUAGUAAUAGAAUAAGUAUGGAAGCUACUAUAAAAACUGAAAGUAUUGAAAAUAUUGCCUUUUGAAUGGCGGUCAAUGAGUUGUAACAAUAUUUGAAAAUUAUUUAAAUUUUGGAUAUGAAAGUUACUUAUGCCCAUCAACGUGUAAACGGUCACUUAUUAUCAUUUUAUUUAUUUCAUGACAUUAGUGGCGUUAAGAGGGUGUGCAUUGCCAUGAUUGUCGUUUUAGCACAAAUUCCCAUAUGAAGACAAUGUUGUAAAACUGAAGAUAAGCGAAACAGUUUUAUUUUUCAAGGCCACCUAAUGUUGUACACACAUAAAAUGCACAAAUGUUUAUAGCCGCUUCGGUUUUAAAAUGCAAAAUUGAUUAGUUUAUCGCUUUGAUCGACAUUCCUCCGAUCUGUCCAUUCUACACACUUACACAUGGUUAAUACAGUCUAUGCUGGUCUAUAGUAUGAUAUAUGAGACCGGUUUCGGACUUAUAGAAUCUAUCAUUGGGUUAGAUAGAGGAUAGGGAUUUCCGUGUAAGUGAUUUGGUACUUUGGGAUCCACAAUUCCGACAUUUUAGCGUUAAUAAAUUGAACAAUAAUAAUUGAACACUAACGCUUAAGUCGGUGCUAGUGGGAGGGGGCUAGAUAGAUGCGUUUUCUAUUCAAUCUGAAUACUCUGCGACUUAUUAUCAAUAACAUAUAUAGUUCGGCUAAAUGGUUUUUCUAAUAAUUGCAUACAGCGUUGCUUUUGUGAAUUCGAACAUAAAAAUUAAUAUGUAACUGCUCAAACAAAUUAAAGAAAAUAACGCACUGCGUUUUGGUUUUGAUCACAGUCAAUCUUUAUAAAGAUAGAUGAUCAGAAUAUAAAUUAAUAAUUUGUGACCUUUAAUCUAACGAAAACAUAAUUUAUGCGAUAAUGUUGAUUUUUGGACCGUUAAAACUCAAUGGUUUUUUGUAGUCUAGGAGGUAAUGAAGCACAAGUAUAAAAUGAAUCUUGCUUACUUUGUGGUCCUGGCAACUUUUCUCGGACUAACUCGUAAACAUCGUUUGAAAUGAAAAUGAUAGGUAUGUGCGUCAUCAUAUGCUUAUAUUUGCAAUAUGGGGUGUUUUGUGAACCAUUUAUCGACGAUGUUCAUGCGCGGUCAUCAAGACCCUUUUCCCUUCCUUGGAUUCCUUUAGACGAUGCUGAUUACUGGGCGGAACGAUCUGCAAGAUUUGCAAAGGGUGAAAUUUGGCCUACGCUCGUUGGUGCGCCCCCAGGUUUAUACAAUAUACAAGUGACAACGGCAUGGGGAAUAGGACCAGGAGCUGGACCAUUAGGUAGAUUUGGAAUGUACCGGGUGACAUUUUAUGUGACAUUCCCUGGACUUAGUGACAAGUACUCCUGCUUUGCCUGGAUACAUUGGUCUCCUCCGUCCACUUUCACACAUCUUGACGGUUUUCCAAUGCAUGAAUCCAAUAAUUGCGUCAGAUUUCCUUGAUUAAAAGCGCCAUUAUGGUGACUUUGCCUUGGUGUAGUUCGUAGAUAAAAUUCGUUUUAAAUUACAUGCAUUGACUUAAGUUUUCUGUUUUUCGUUUUUACAAAGAAAUUAAUUACAUCAGCAUUUCUUGAAAUAGGAAUUUUCGUAAUAAAGGUAAUUUCAAUAGCAUAGCGGGCUGUUUUGUUUUGAUUUGUUAUCUCGGGACAGAAUAAUCAUAAUACCCUGAUUUUUUUGGCAAGAAAAGUAUCAUGACCAAAAAAUAAUGUUUCUUGAAAAAAAUAUAUAUUAACAACUCCAUCAGAUGUUACAUGCUUUUUUGUAGAUGUAUGAUAUUUAAAAGGUAUAUCUUCCCUUCCUUCUUUAAAAACAUUAGAAAGAUACUAAUAAGAGCUACAUCUUAUAAUAAAUUAGAACUCUGAAAAUGAAGACGACAUAUAAUAUUUGAAUAUUAAAUAAAUACAAUUUAAAAGCAAAACAUAAAACAUUAAAUUAUUUAACUUUCAAUUAGGGUUAUUGUUUGUAUAGACAAGAACAUUUUAGUUCACUACAU